UGUAAUCCAUAGAGAUAUGCAUAUGGACCUGUAUAAACACCAUCUCAAUUGUACACAUCUUCUCGUUCUUCAUAGGUCAGGGAAUCAGACGGAAAGCAGGCUCUGAAGUAUUACUGAAGAGUAGAGUACGAGGUAGAUAGGUACGUGGCCACAAAUGGAGAAGGGCUCGUCCGUUCCCGAAGGUUACCCCGUGGGAAUGAGAGUCCUCGCCAUGGAUGACGACCCUACUGGGCUCUCGAAGCUGGAGAAAAUGCUUCGGAGCUGCGACUACCAAGUGACAACCAAGGCGUCGGCGGUAGAAGAUGUGCGAGAGCUGCUUGACAACCCGAUGGGGUUUGACCUUGUCAUGACCAUUGUGCACACGAAGGCUCGUGGAAUUGACGGCUUCGACAUCCUCAAACAAGUCAAGAAUCGGCUCCCGGUCAUCUUGUUCUCCGACGAGUAUGACCCAGAGAUGUCAAAGAGGGGGAUCUUGGGAGGCGCGUGUGACUUCAUGCUCAAACCCCUACAGAUUAAGGAGAUCAGCCUCAUCUGGCAGCAUGUUGUGCGGCGUAGGCUCUUUGCAGGUUGCAGUGCUAACACUGAUGUGGAAAGUUCAGUUGACUCCAACGACGACCCUGAUGAUAACUAGCUGGAAUGAUAGGGGAGGAUCAAGAUACCAAAGUUCCGUUCGCGGCCACCGCUUCAUGGAUCAUUUAUUAAAGUUA